AUGGAAGAGAAGAGAGCAUCUGCUUUAGAGGUGGUUAGCGAACUUAAACUAUAUAUUAAUGAAAAUAACAGUGGAAAAUUCAGUACACCAAAACACUCGCAGUUUAUUAUAAACUGUGUUGAGCGUGUGAUUGAUAUUUUUACGGAUAAACCAUACAAACAUGAGUUAGAAGCUCUUAUCGAAAAAGUAGACUUAAUUUUGAAUAAGGUAUCUAUUAAUGAGAACAUAGAAAUACAAAAGAAAGUUCUAGAAAAAAUCACAAAAUUAGAAUUUCAAGACAAUAUGAAGGAGAAACAAAUGACAUAUAGUGCUAUUCUUCAGAGGCCACCUACGAAAACAUAUGCUGCAAUGAACAAAAUAAAACCUAAAGAUGUAAUACUGGUAUAUGGAAAAACGGACGAAUUAAAUAAUAGUGACAAAGUACGAAAGAUGUUGCAGGACAAUAUCAGGCCAUCUGAAAUCAAUAUUGGCAUUGAACGAGUCCGAAACAUAGGGAGAGGGGGAUUGGCCAUUGAAUUAGAUCGUGUGGAAGAUGCCCAAACCUUGGAAAAUUGCAUCAAUACAAAGAUCCCCAAUUUAAUUACUAGACGCCCUAAAAAAAGGAGACCACAUGUAAUGAUACAUUCAGUGCCUAGUACAGUGGAUAGAGAAGACAUACCAACAUUAAUUCUGGAGCACAAUGAGUUUUUAAAACAUAAGUACACAACUGAAAAUAUCCACGAAUUCUUUAAAAUUAAAUUUAAUGUAGGCAAGAAAGGAGGAAGAUAUAUAAACUGGGUAGUAGAGACCUCCCCUGAAUUAAGGCGACAAAUUUUGAAAGAGGGAAAAUUAAACAUUGAUUGGUCGAGAUGCAGAGUCUCCGAUUUUUGCCCUGUACUACAAUGCUUAAGAUGCUGUAGAUUUGGUCACUCGACUAGAAAUUGUGAUUUGCCUAAACAAAUCUGCAGUCACUGUACUGAAGACCAUUCAUAUAAUAAAUGCCCCAAACGAAAUAACACCCCUAUAUGCUGCAAUUGUAAAUAUGAAAGGGCCCUAAAUUGUGCCCAUAAUGCAAGAAGUGGUUCCUGUCCUGUGUACAACAGAGUGAAAGAGAAGUUAAUAAAUAAUACUGAUUAUGGAACCCUUAAUAAACAAAAUGAUACGCAUACUACAAAUAAACCUUAG